GGAGCAAAGAAACAGUCAAAGGUAAAAUCAACAGAAGGACUUGAUGACCUACUUGGAGAUUUGCUUGUAGAUGAUGCUCCUGCUAAGAAGAAGACCCCCUCUCAACCUAUUGGUACUGUGAAAACAGGAAUGAAAAAACAAGGGUCCAGAGAUGAGGAUUUUUACAGCAACCUGGCUGCCACAGCAGAAGAUGAUUUGUCUGACAUAUCAGAUGCUGAUGUCAAUCAAAUGGCCAAGAGUUUGGCAGAUUUGGAGGACAUGGAUGCCGACUUGUUUGGAGGGAAAUUUAAAAAGAAAGGGAGUGUCAAGGGUGAGAGAUCUAGUAAGCCUAACACUCCAAGAAGAACUGGUACACCCCGCUCCAGAAGUACCACCCCCAGGGCUUCGUCCCCACAGACUCGAGUCACUUCACCUACAGCCAGGGUCACCUCCCCUAUUGCUAGAGUUACGUCCCCUGCUGGGAGAGGUACAGGGUCACCAACACCAGAAGCCUCCCUCACACCCAGGGGAGGAAGCUUGAAAAAGUCUGGAAUGGGGACAACAUCAAUCCCAGAACAUAAACCUGGUACUGCCCCAGGGAAGAUGACAGGUAGGAAUAUUGGCAGUGCCUCCUCUGCUUUAAAGCCAGGGGGUGCCCCUCCCCAGGAGAGACCAGGAACUGUCCCCAAAGCCAAGCAGAAGUAUGAUUAUGCAGAUAUGGACAUGGAUGACUUACUGGCUGGGUUUAGUGAUGAAGACGAUGAUUCUACAGCAGGCAAAGCUAAAGCCAGCUCCAAAGCACAGAAGGGAGAUACUACAGUCAAAAAUCAACGAUCCCUAGAGGAAACGCCACAACAACCAGCCGAAUUGGAAGAGUCCAAAAGACGUAAUUUGUUUGACAGGCCACCAACUCGCAGUGGUGGAAAUACAGAAGUGGAGGAACCACCAAGAGCUGCUUCUGCAGUGCAACCCAAAAAGAAGGAAGAACCAGGUAUCUUCAGUGAUGAUGAUGAUUUUCUGGGAGGGCUUGGGAUUGAGGAGACAGGGCCAUCUGCUCCAAAGGCAAAGUCCACAGAAGAGGAGGACAAGCCUGCCCGGUCAGUGAUGGACAAGUUACUGGCCAAGGACUCAGCAGUCAGCAAACAUCUGGAGACGAAGAAGGAGAGAAGAGAGUUUGUCCUGGAUAAAAAAUACACACAACCCAAUAAUGAAGAGGAGGAGGAGGAUUUCCAGUUUGGAGGGUACCAGCCAUCUGUGGUGUCAACUAGUUCCCGUCCCACAUCGCGUAGAUCUGUCAGAUUUCAAGAUGAAGAUGACAUUUUCGGAUUUGACCGUCCCCCAUCUCGUGGAAGAUCACCAGCCUCAUCCCUCAGUAAAAAACCAGAUGACAUGGACUGGUUAAAUGACAUUGCCACAGCAGUCAAGUCUGCACCAUCGGUCUCCUCUACUCCACCUAAACAAGAGACUAAACCUGCCACACAGACAGACACCAAACCAACCAGUGUAAAAACCGACAGUAAACCUCAGGCUGACAGCAAACCACUGGAAUCCAAAGCCCAGGACAAGGAACCAGAAAUCAAACCAGCCAAAUCGACUCCCAAACCAAAGAGUGCAGCAGAUUGGCUUGGACUAAACGACGCUGAUGAUGAGGAUGAUGAACCAGCAUCUUGGAUGAGAACCAAAUCACAGCAGAAAACUACCCCUCCAAGUAGUGCAGGAGACAAGAGAAAAGAAUGGUUGUCUAGCUACAAAUCUGAAGAACCAACAGAACCAAAAACGGACCAGAAAACAACCCCAAAGACCGAGCCCAGGGGAAGCCCUGCAGACUGGCUGGGGUUGAGCAGCAGUAAAGAGGAGGAUGACUACCUGGGAGCAGGACUUGACCCCAACAGCCUGCUCAAGUCAAGAUUGGAAUCCCCAGCAUUUGGUGGGAAUACUCUAAGAACUGAUGACAGAGACUUGUUUAAACCACCCCCAAAAGACACUGGACCAAUGUCUAUGCCCCAGCAGUCCUUAAACAGGAAGCCACAGAUAUCUGACAGCUCCGAGAAACACCUGACUCAGCAGAGGCCCCAUUACGGGGGAGAGACAGAGGAGUUAAUGGGCCUCCCCCUUACUGGAAAUCAGACAGAAAGGUUUGAUCCCCCCAGGGAGGAAAAGAAGACAGCUCUUGUAACUGACCUGUUUAAUGCUAACAGAGCUGAUGACCAGAGACAAGACAUGCUGUCUACACAGGCAGACAUACUCAGACAGCAACAACAGCAGCAGGAGAGUCUUCUAGCACAGCAAGCUCAGGUAGAGGAGAUGAUAAGGAAGCAGUAUCAACAGGCCGCAAAGUUUCAGAUUCCACCACCCCCAGUUUUCUCCCCAGAGGCACGGACCUCUGUAAUGGCCAACCCUCCCCGAUCCCUGAUUGAUGCUCAGACAAGACUAUACAAGAUGGAAAUAGAGAGGGAUUACGCAUACUCACUUUUAGAGAUGAACAAGCGAAGAUUUGAAGAAGAAAGACAGACUAUCGAGAAUUCAUACAAGAGCAGAUUAGAACUAAUUGAGGAUACGCAUAAAAACAAAGAAACCAGGUUGCGGGAGGAAAAUGAGAUGUUGAUGAAUCAAUAUUUGUCAAAGGUUCGACAGCUAGAGAGCGACAAAUCGGAGCAAUCCUCCCAAUUUCAGCGUCAUGUAGAAGAGUUCCAGCGAGAUAAAGACCAGGAAAUAGAUAGACUCAAGUCCAUUCACAAGCGGACAAUGGAAGAUCUAAAGAGAGAACAUGAGGAGGAUCUAGAGAGGUUGAAGAAGGCCAAAGAUCAGCAGAUAGAGGCUGCUAUCACAUCUCACGAAACUACAAAGUCCUUAGUCCAGGCAGUGUCUAUGAUACAAAAUAAUGCCAGAGACUUGGGGGAGCUACAAAAGAAGGUGGAUAGCUGGCACAACAUGGGGCUGGAUGAACGGGAGAUAGCUAUCUGCUCAAAGGAUGAACAGCUCAGAAUACUGCAGGAGCGUCUGAAUAGACAACAGGAGGAGAAUGAUCUAGAACGGAAAAGGUUGGAGGAUCUGAUUGGUCGACUGGAAACUCAACUCCGUGAACAAACAAGGAUACUGGAUGAGGAAAGAUGGAAGGUCAAGCAAGAACAAACAAGGUUACAAAGUUUACAGACCUCAUUAGAGGAAGAAAGAAGACUGUGGACUGAACAGCAGGCCAGAGAGAGGUCCAAUAUAGAGAAAACCAGGGAGACCUUGCUGGAGGAGCAGAAAUCUGUCCUGUCACAACUACACAAAGAGAGACAGUCUGUAGCCGAGGAGAGAACCAAACUCAAUGUGGCUCUCACUGUCCAGAGGGAAGAUGCAGAAGACGCAGCUGUUAAACUGGCCCAGGCUAAGGCAGAAUUUGAAGCUCUGAUGAAGGCAAUAUCUGAGGAGAAGAACAAACAGAAUAUUCGUCGUCAGGAACUUCAGCGUGAGGAGGAUCGUCUUGACAACGAAAGGAGGAAGCUGGAGAUGGAACAAGCCAAGAUGUCAGAGAAAGAAGAGGAUCUAAUCCGAGCAGCUCAGACCCUGAAGGAGAGGUCGGAGGAGGUCGACCAGAUGUAUAUGGAAUCUCAGUCUAAGCAAGAGGAAGGAAGAAGUGCUCUGAUUGAGGCUAAGAAGAUUGAGAGUGAAGAAUCAGAGAGGGCAGCCAGCAUACAACAUCAAGUUCAGCUACUCAGGCUAAAAGAAAGGGAGAUUGCUGAUGACCGUCUUCGUCUUUCUAAAGAGAAGAAGGAAGUAGAAAACUUAAAAAGUGCCAUGCUCUGUCCUAAUUGUCGAACACCUGGUGGAGCAGGAAUUAAGCCUCAGGGUGGAGAACAAAUGAUGAUACCUCAGAACAGCAAUGCACCAACUUACCAAGUCUACAGAAGCCCUGCCAUGCAACAGAGCAACCAGGCUAUGCAACAGAGCAACCCAGCUAUGCAGCAAUCUUUGAACUCUGUAGGUUCCAUUACUGAGUCCAUUAAGGCAGAUCGCUCAAUACGCAUGUGGAAAAUGGAGGCAUUAAAGGAUCAGAAAUACCUUGAGGAACAAAGCAUGUUUUUGUAUACACUGAAGCACAUGCCCUACAGUGGCUCCAACUCCAAGUCAUGACAUAUAGCACCACCCACCAACUCUGAUCAACCAAUCAGAUACUACUGUGCUGCGUAAAUCAGAUGUCUUUUUGAGAUCAUACCGGCCCGGGAUCAUCUUAAAUGAAUCAUGAUGACAAUUUUGGGGAGGAGUUUUUUGUCAUUAAGGCUGUGGAUUUCAAUUACUUCUUCAUAGUUAUAUGAUAGCUAGUCUGUGAUAAACCUUUGUCAAUUUUUACAUUAUGUUCUUUAUUUUACUUUUAUACAUUUGUAUUUAAUCUAACUGCGAUGCAUUGUAUUUUGUAUUUGAAUGUGUACACAUAAAUACUAUCUGAAUAGAUUCCACAUAU